CCCACAGAGGAAGCCACCCUCUUGCAGCCAACCUCUAGGGAGCUUCCUUUUGCUUCUCCAAGAUUAACCACUUCUGCCCUGGCAGCCACAGCAGGCAACCGUAGAAAGACUUCUGGACAUUUUUUUUUUUUUCCCCAAGGAGUGUUUCCUUCCUCCAAUCCUCAUUAGUUACUGAGGCUGUUUUUUCCACUUUAUUUUAUUUUAUUUUUUCUGAGGAAAUGAUGAUUCUGAUCUAACACCUAGCAGCUUCCGGUAGUGAUCUUCACUGAUUCAAAAGCUCAACAAAAGAAGACUUUUCCUUUACUGCAACAUCUUUUAGAAGUGGACUGAAUGUCAGUUGGAUAUUUCUUGAGGUCAGUGGUUGAAGCCUCGUGAAAAAUUAAUCAGGUGCAACAAUGUUUGGCAGUAAAAAGAAAUUGCUUGAAGUGGAACGUGUAGUGAAAGCCAAUGACUGUGAAUAUAAUGAGAAGUUCCAGUACGCAGAUAAUCGUAUCCACACAUCCAAGUACAAUAUUCUCACCUUCUUACCAAUUAAUUUAUUUGAACAAUUCCAGAGAGUGGCAAAUGCCUACUUCCUUUUCCUUCUGAUUUUACAGUUGAUUCCAGAAAUCUCCUCCCUGACCUGGUUUACCACCAUUGUGCCUUUGGUCCUGGUGAUAACCAUGACAGCUGUCAAAGAUGCCACUGAUGACUAUUUCCGUCACAAGAGUGAUAAUCAAGUGAACAAUCGGCAGUCAGAGGUGCUCAUCGAUGGCAAACUGAAGAAUGAGAAGUGGAUGAAUGUUAAAGUGGGAGACAUCAUUAAGCUGGAAAAUAACCAAUUUGUUGCUGCUGAUCUGCUUCUCCUCUCCAGUAGUGAACCACAUGGUCUCUGCUAUAUUGAAACUGCUGAGCUUGACGGGGAAACGAACCUUAAAGUCCGACAUGCAUUAUCAGUUACGUCAGAACUUGGUGCAGAUAUUAGCAGACUUGCAAAGUUUGAUGGAAUUGUUGUCUGUGAGGCACCCAACAACAAACUAGAUAAAUUUGCAGGUGCCCUCUCUUGGAAGGACAGCAAGCACUCACUCAGCAAUGAGAAGAUAAUCCUGAGGGGCUGUGUCCUAAGGAAUACCAGCUGGUGUUUUGGGAUGGUUAUCUUUGCAGGUCCUGACACCAAACUAAUGCAAAACAGUGGUAAGACAAAGUUUAAAAGGACGAGUAUUGAUAGACUGAUGAACACUUUAGUAUUAUGGAUUUUUGGGUUUCUUAUAUGCUUGGGAAUAAUUCUUGCAAUAGGAAACUCAAUCUGGGAAAUUCAAGUUGGGGACCAAUUCAGAACUUUCCUCUUCUGGACUGAAGAAGAGAAGAACUCUAUAUUUUCAGGAUUCUUAACAUUCUGGUCCUACAUUAUUAUUCUUAACACGGUUGUACCUAUUUCAUUAUAUGUGAGUGUGGAAGUAAUUCGCCUGGGACACAGUUAUUUUAUAAACUGGGACCGGAAAAUGUAUUACUCUGGAAAAGCAACACCUGCUGAAGCUCGGACGACCACACUCAAUGAGGAACUGGGCCAGAUUGAAUAUAUCUUCUCUGACAAAACAGGCACCCUCACUCAAAACAUCAUGACUUUUAAAAAAUGUUCCAUUAAUGGGAAAAUCUAUGGUGAAGUACAUGAAGACCUGGUUCAGGAUGCAGGCAUUACUAAGAAAAAAGGGACUGUGGAUUUUUCAGUCAUCUCCCAAGCAGAUGAAGCAUCUCAGUUCUCUGAUUGUGAUCUGAUGGAGUCCAUUAAACUGGGUGACCCCAAGGUACAUGAAUUCCUUCGGAUACUUGCUCUCUGCCAUACAGUAAUGUCAGAGGAAAAUAGCGCAGGCCAGUUGACUUACCAAGUUCAGUCACCUGAUGAAGGGGCUCUAGUGACUGCUGCAAGAAAUUUUGGCUUCAUUUUUAAGUCUCGAACACCAGAGACUAUAACAGUAGAAGAACUGGGCACGCCAGUUACUUACCAACUGCUUGCCUUUCUGGAUUUCAAUAAUAUCAGAAAGAGGAUGUCUGUCAUAGUUCAAAAUCCUGAAGGCCAGAUAAAACUUUAUUCCAAAGGAGCAGAUACCAUUCUGUUUGAAAAACUUCAUCCAUCCAACGAAGACCUUCUGACGCUGACGUCAGAUCAUCUCAAUGAAUUUGCAGGGGAAGGCCUUCGAACCUUGGCCAUUGCAUACAGAGAACUGGAUGACAAGUACUUCAGAGAGUGGCAGAAGAUGUUGGAAGAUGCCAGUGCUGCCACAGAUGAGAGGGAUGAGGAGAUAGCUGGGCUGUAUGAAGAAAUCGAAAGGGAUUUGAUGCUGUUGGGUGCCACUGCUAUUGAAGAUAAGUUGCAGGAGGGUGUUAUUGAAACCAUUACAAGUUUAUCACUAGCCAAUAUUAAGAUCUGGGUCCUAACAGGAGACAAACAAGAAACUGCCAUCAACAUUGGUUAUGCCUGCAACAUGCUGACUGAUGACAUGAAUGAUAUAUUCAUUGUAGCAGGGAACACAGCAGUGGAAGUUAGAGAAGAACUCAGGAAAGCAAAGGAAAAUUUGUUUGGUCAAAACAGAACUUUUCCCAAUGGCCAUGUAGUUUUUGAGAGAAAGCAGCAGCUGGAACUGGACUCAGUUGUAGAAGAAACUGUAACAGGAGACUAUGCCUUAGUCAUAAAUGGCCACAGUUUGGCUCAUGCCCUGGAAAGUGAUGUCAAGAAUGACCUUCUAGAACUUGCUUGCAUGUGUAAAACUGUGGUUUGCUGCCGAGUCACUCCACUCCAGAAAGCCCAAAUGGUAGAGCUGGUGAGGAAGUACAGAAAUGCUGUCACUUUGGCCAUAGGUGAUGGAGCCAAUGAUGUCAGCAUGAUCAAAAGUGCUCACAUUGGCAUUGGCAUCAGUGGCCAGGAAGGACUGCAGGCUGUUUUAGCCAGUGACUAUUCAUUUGCCCAAUUUAGAUACCUCCAAAGACUGCUUCUUGUUCAUGGAAGGUGGUCCUAUUUCCGAAUGUGCAAAUUCUUAUGCUAUUUCUUCUAUAAGAAUUUUGCAUUCACACUUGUGCAUUUCUGGUUUGGUUUCUUCUGUGGUUUCUCAGCCCAGACCGUUUAUGAUCAGUGGUUCAUUACUCUCUUUAAUAUUGUCUACACGUCACUGCCUGUUUUAGCCAUGGGGAUAUUUGACCAGGAUGUAAGUGACCAGAGCAGUGUGGACUGUCCCCAACUUUAUGAACCUGGGCAGCUGAACCUACUUUUUAACAAGCGUAAAUUCUUCAUCUGUGUGGCCCAUGGAAUCUACACUUCCUUAGCCCUUUUCUUCAUCCCUUAUGGGGCCUUUUAUAACACGGCUGGAGAAGAUGGGCAGCACAUCGCUGACUACCAAUCUUUUGCAGUUACCAUGGCCACAUCUUUGGUCAUCGUGGUCAGUGUGCAGAUAGCCUUGGAUACCAGUUACUGGACAAUCAUUAAUCACGUCUUCAUCUGGGGUAGCGUUGCUACUUAUUUUUCCAUUUUGUUUACAAUGCAUAGUGAUGGCAUCUUCAGCAUCUUCCCAAACCAGUUUCCAUUUAUUGGAAAUGCCCGGCAUUCCUUGACCCAGAAGUGCAUCUGGCUUGUUAUUCUCUUAACAACAGUGGCUUCUGUUCUGCCUGUGAUAGCAUUCAGAUUUUUGAAGGUGUUCUUAUUCCCUACCCUGAGUGAUCAGAUCCGUCAGUGGCAGAAAGCUCAAAAGAAGGCCAGGCCCCCACGAAGCCGAAGGCCUCAGACUCGCAGAUCAAGCUCCAGAAGAUCCGGAUAUGCUUUUGCACAUCAGGAAGGCUAUGGGGAGCUUAUCACAUCUGGAAAAAAUAUGCGUGCUAGACAUCCACCCCCAGCAUCAGGGUUGGAAAAGACACUCUAUAAUAGCACUAGCUGGAUUGAAAAUUUAUGUAAGAAAACCACAGACACGACGAAUAGUUUUAGCCAGGACAAAACAGUGAAACUGUGAGUCAAGAUGGGUUUGAACCACAUAGUUAUCUUGUCACUUCAGCUGGAGCUGAAAUUCAGCUGGUUCCAGAGUUUGGGAUCAGAAGUUAAGAGUAGGGGCAAGGGGCAGGCUGCCUGCCUUAAUUUAAAUCUGCAGCAGACAUCUGCUGAUGUCUAUGAAGUAGGGGUGCAUCCACUGGAGAAGCAGACCAGAAGGUCACUGCAUCCAUUGUGAUUUGGUGGAUAAAACCUUUUCAGUACAACCCCAAGCUUUUACCAAAUAGACCUAAACUUAAGGGUCUCGUUUAUGGAGAAAAAUGUGCAAAUUGCAUAUGUUGAAUGGAUCUCCAGGUGGUUAAAAAGGUGCCCUGGGAAGGUAUAUAUCCCAGCUGAAGUGGAUGCUUGUGGAUAAACACAUAGAGGUGAGACUGGUCUUUCCAAAGAUACCCAUUUAGGAUAUAAAAUGUGUACUAAGGUGUUUACAUACCAAGAGAAGCUUGUCUCAAGUCUUGACAGUUACCGCUCAAAUCGGGGAAAUAAAUCACUUUCAUAGGUGACUGUCAGAAGUACAUAUAUUGGUGUGCUCAUUUACCAAUCAGAGACAAAGUAAGCGUCUUUACAGUGAGAUAGGCUGUUAAUCUGCUUAAAUUUAGUUUUAAAAGCUCAGGAACAUGCUUAUGAAAUAUGAAAGACAUGAAGUAUUAUGUAUUCCAGUACAUUUCAGUGACUAUACAGUGACAUCAGUAGUCAUUUGACUGUGCCUUCUAGAACAUAAUAGAAACGGUAAAGCAUUGGAAUUUCACAUUUCGAUUUCAAGUGUUUCACACAGUGUGUGGGAAAAUACUGUAAGCAUUUUCAGUUUUUAAGUUUAGAUUUGAAACCAAAUUAGUAACCAGUCUCUCCUGGUAUUGAAUAUUCAUUUAGGUCACCUGGAGUUUGUUGGUUUUGAUGUUCAGAAAUCAUAUCUAUAAUUUUAAGCUAUGAGUGUAUAUUAGAUGAGGCAGACAUUUUUAGAGAUAGAUAGUCCUGUUCAAAUGGUCAGUCCACACAUGCUUCACCAAUGUUCCCUGUACCAGAGUUCAGGCAGAUUUGUGUUAGAACUUUAGCUCUGAAACUUCUUACCUCUAUAAUCUUAGGUAGGCAAUGUGCCUCCUUUGAGUCUUUGUUUGCUCUUCUGUAACGAGAGGAGAUAACGCCUACCUCAUGUGGUUGUUUGUGGAUUAACACGGUACAGUUCUCAAAUCACUGAGAACAGUUCUCAAAUCACUGAGAACAGUUCUCACUGAGUAAACACUGUGUUAAGUUUCAUUUAACUCAUCAUCAGAACAACGGCAGUUUGCCUUGACGAGAAAAUGAAAGAAGUGGAAUUCAAAUAAUUAAGGCAGAAAAGAUUCCUAUAAGCCAUAAAAAGAGGCGAGAAAACCAGGUGAUUUUAUAGGUGGAAUUUAAGAAAAAAGGACAUAAAGGGACAACACUAAGUAAAACUUGGACUGGGUUGGCAUACUGCAUCAAACUCUGGAGAAGGAAGGAGAAGGUUGGGGGAUGUGUGUGUGUGUGUGUGUGUCUUUGAGGUCCUGGUGUAUGAUGAUGGAAAGGGAUCUAAGUUGGUGGUAAGAGUGUUUUGCCAACUCCAUCACUGGGAGAUGAGAAAUUGUACCCAUGUGUCAACAACUGUCCUAAAAAUAAUUACCAAAAAAACUGAAAAAAAAAAAAGAUUGUUAAGUUAAACGUAAGAUUGGUUAGUGUUUUAGUGGGAAAUAAAACUACAACUUUGGUUAUAAAUUUCUCUAUAAGAAAGCAAAGAAUAAUUCUUCAUGCUUUGCCAAGUUUCUGCAAGUGAGCAUCCAACUUUACAGAGUCAUCAGUCUGGCUUUGAUUUAAUUAUUAGUCAGACAAAAUUACAUUUCCAAAAGGAGUUAGAUAGCCCUAAGGUGGCCAUGAUGGGUAAUGGACUUGCAGGAUAUUAAUAGAUCAUACAACCCUUUCUUAGGGAAUAGGGGGUAGGGCUGGGACUGGGUCCUCAUUUCCAAGUCUGCAAUAGUUUUUCCUGAGUGGGACAGAGUGAAAUAUGUGUAAAAGAAUCUACUGCUUCAAUCUCAGUAACUGUUCAUAAAUAUUCUUGCCCCACGUUCCCCCCCCACACACUCACUGCCUGCCACCCGCCUGCUUGUGUAGACUUACCGAGGUAUUAGUUUUCAAUCUCUCAGUCUCUUACUGCGUCUGCUUGCUUUUUUGUAACAUUUUUGGGAGGUCUGAAAACUUUCAAUAAAUUUUUUGGCAUU